AACCCACACAACUGAAAAAAAAAAUUAAAUUAAAUUAAAAAUGACCGGCCGGAAUUUCCCGGGAUUCGAGGUUUCGAGUUUUUCCGGUAUGGUUUUUGGGUUUCUGGACGACGGCGAAGGGUUUCCGGCGGAGGGAUUCGGGAGUAGUUUCGAGAGCCAAGAGAGUGAAACGACGCCGUUUGGUGAAAAUGACGAAGAAAAAGAAAACGGUGAGAGCUUGGAAGAAAGCAAGAGCUUUUGGGAGACUCAAAAUCAGAUCUUACAAGGGACGAUAUGUCGGACUAAUUCUGUGGAAUCAAAGAUAAGAAAUGCGACAAAGGAGGCAGUUAAAGAAAUACAGGCGACCGGAGGAGCCUGUGGAUGUGGAAGAUCCGUUCUGGCAAUGACGGGCUGUCGGAGCUGUUUGCUGAGGGAGGUUUCCGGUCACCUGAGAAACGCCGGCUACGAUAGUGCCGUUUGCAAAACCAAAUGGAAAAGCUCACAGCAUAUACCCUCAGGGGAACACACAUUUUUGGAUGUGGUACACAAAAAUUCAAAGAAAGGAGAAGUAAGGUUAAUAAUAGAGGUAAACUUGAGAGCAGAGUUUGAAAUGGCUAGAGGCAGCGAGGAGUACAACCGCCUGGUGCGGCGGCUGCCGGAAAUAUUCGUCGGAAAAGUGGAGAAACUGGAAGGCAUAAUAAAGGUAAUAUGCGGCGCAGCGAAAAAGUGCAUGAAAGAAAAGAAAAUGCAUUUGGGACCAUGGAGAAAACAGAGAUACAUGCAAGCCAAAUGGCUUAGCGCAUGUGAAAGAACCAUGUCAAUGCCUCUUAAUUCUGUCCUUCCCUUUUCAUCUGCUCGCCUUUCCAAGCCCACAGCCUCCAUGCUCACCGUUGAUUUCCUCGACAUAUUGCCUAAUCGGACGGCUGUUCAAGUUGUCUGAUUUUUUAUUCUUAUUUAUAAAACUAAUUGUAGAGUUCUCUUCUUCUUCUUCUUCUUCUUCUUGGUCUAGUUGUAAACUUUGAUAGUGCUGAUGUGUAAAUAAAAUCCACAAUCCCAUGAUUAUUAGAACCAA